GAAAAAUAAAAUAUCCACAUUUCGCCUCACUUAAAUGCUAAUUUUAAAGUGCUCGCGUCUUUCACCGUCAGACGCUUGCAUUCAGAUCUGAUCCAAUUAGCCAUUUGCAGACCCUAGCCUUUCUCGUAUAACAGUUCUAAUCGAGAAAAUGGGUCGUGGAGUAAGCAGUGGUGGAGGACAGAGUUCUUUGGGCUACCUUUUUGGAGAUGGGGAGGCUCCAAAACCCACUAAAAAUAAUGUUGAAGCGCCUCCUAAGAACUUGGAUCCGGUUGCAAGCAGUGGACCAGCUCAGAAGCCCACUCCUGCUGCCUCUCCUGUAGAGGCCACCAAGCAGACUCCCGCUGGUGUCCCAGCGAACACUACAAACAACUACUUCCGAGCUGAUGGCCAGAACUGUGGCAACUUCCUCACUGAUCGGCGUACAACUAAGGUGCAUGCAGCUCCUGGCGGUGGGUCUUCACUGGACUACCUGUUUGGUGGUGACAAGAAAUGAGAUAUCAUGGAACAGGGGUUGGAGCGCUAUCGCUUAUUAUUUUGCUAUGGUGAUGUUUGAAUUUCAGGACAAACAAUAUGUUAACGAGUUAAAAGAUGGAAACAAUCAUCUGUAUUGCGUUGGCAUAUGGUGCUGUAAGGGGGCGUCUUAUCGCCUCGUACACAACUUUAAUUAUAUGAAGGUCUGAAUGCUUUGUGUGAA